CCUCGCCGACCCGCGCCCGCGCGGAGGGCGGGAGCCGCCGCCGCGCCCCGCGUAGCCCCGGCCCAGGCCCUCGGCCGCCCGGCGCCGGGCCCCCCGACCCCGGCCCGCCCUGGCCUCUCCUCCCCCAGGUGAAAGAGGAGGCAUGUCCGCUGCCGCCUCCGCUGAAAUGAUUGAAACCCCCCCGGUCCUCAACUUCGAAGAAAUCGACUACAAAGAGAUCGAGGUGGAAGAGGUUGUUGGAAGAGGAGCUUUUGGUGUGGUGUGCAAGGCAAAAUGGCGAGCUAAAGAUGUAGCCAUUAAACAAAUAGAAAGUGAAUCUGAAAGAAAAGCCUUCAUUGUAGAGCUUCGACAACUGUCACGAGUAAACCAUCCCAAUAUUGUCAAGUUGUAUGGAGCCUGUCUAAACCCAGUGUGUCUUGUUAUGGAGUAUGCUGAAGGAGGUUCUCUAUACAAUGUGCUGCAUGGUGCUGAACCUCUGCCUCAUUAUACUGCUGCACAUGCCAUGAGUUGGUGUUUACAGUGUUCCCAAGGAGUGGCAUAUCUCCACAGUAUGAAACCAAAGGCUCUAAUUCACAGAGACCUGAAACCACCAAAUUUGCUCUUGGUAGCUGGGGGGACAGUUCUAAAAAUCUGUGAUUUUGGUACAGCUUGUGAUAUUCAAACACACAUGACCAACAAUAAGGGAAGUGCUGCUUGGAUGGCACCUGAAGUUUUUGAAGGUAGCAAUUACAGUGAAAAAUGUGACGUUUUCAGCUGGGGUAUUAUUCUCUGGGAGGUAAUCACCCGUAGGAAACCUUUUGAUGAGAUUGGUGGUCCAGCUUUCCGCAUAAUGUGGGCAGUUCACAAUGGUACUCGGCCACCACUGAUCAAAAACUUACCUAAACCAAUUGAGAGUUUAAUGACCCGUUGUUGGUCCAAGGAUCCCUCACAACGACCAUCCAUGGAGGAAAUUGUUAAAAUAAUGACACACUUGAUGCGGUACUUUCCGGGAGCUGAUGAACCUCUGCAGUAUCCUUGCCAGUAUUCAGAUGAAGGCCAAAGCAACUCUGCCACUAGUACAGGUUCAUUCAUGGACAUCACUUCUACAAACACAAGUAACAAGAGUGAUGCUAACAUGGAACCAAGUGACUUCCAAGGAGCUUCUACCAAUGACACUAUUAAACGUUUAGAGUCAAAAUUGGCACAGCAAAUGAAAAAUACAGCCAAGCAACCGGGUGAUCCUGGCCGUUUGAGCUUACCCCCAUCUCGUGGGAGCAGCGUGGAGAGCUUAUCAGAUGUUCGUGCGCGACCACAGUCAGCCCUUGUUUCAGGAGAAGCCAAAAGGAUGAGUGCUGACAUGUCUGAAAUAGAAGCAAGAAUAGCUUCCAUCACAGCCUAUUCCAAGCCUAAACGAGGCCAUCGUAAAACUGCUUCAUUUGGCAACAUUCUGGAUGUCCCUGAGAUCAUCAUACCAGCAGGAAACGGACAGCAGAGGCGCAGAUCCAUUCAAGAUCUUAGUGUUGCUGGAACAGAGUCCAGUCAGGAGAGUAGAAACAGCAGUAGAUCAUCUAGUCCUAGUGUGAGAAUGAUCACUACCUCGGGACCAACCUCUGAAAAGCCAACUCGUAAUCCAUGGACACCUGAUGAUGCAGCUGCUCUUGGAGAUAGCAUAGUCUUUGAGGGCAACACCUUAGUUUCUCUACCACGACUACUCUGUGGCAGGUGCUUUUGGGGUAUGGAGACCAAUGGGUCAGAUAACUCCAUCCCAAUGGCAUAUCUUACAUUAGAUCAUCAGUUACAGCCUCUAGCACCAUGCCCAAACUCCAAAGAAUCUAUGGCUGUGUUUGAACAGCACUGCAAAAUGGCACAAGAAUAUAUGAAAGUUCAGACAGAAAUUGCAUUGCUGUUGCAGAGGAAGCAAGAACUAAUAGCAGAACUGGACCAGGAUGAAAAAGACCAGCAAAACACAUCCCGUCUGGUACAAGAACAUAAAAAGCUGUUAGAUGAAAACAAAAGUCUCUCCACUUACUAUCAGCAAUGCAAAAAACAAUUAGAGGUCAUCAGAAAUCAGCAACAGAAACGGCCAGGCACAUCAUGAUCUCCUGGGACCUUUCAAAUGAAAAAUAUGCACAGAAAAGACUGAUUUUUUUAUUAUUAUUAUUAUUAUUGUUAUUAUUAUCCCUUAUUAUGACAACUCAUGAGUGUUAGCUUCUUGGUGUGAUCUGUAUUUGUCUGCUACACUUAACAUCAUUUAAUUUUCUUUUUCCUAUGGUGGACAUCCAGUUCAACAGGUUAAUCAAAUAAGGUGAGAAAACAGUGACUUGAAUUAACCAACAGCCCUCAAUUUAAAGUAAGAACAGUGGCUGUAUGCAUGCUCCUUGUGUGAAGGCUAGCCUAACAAGUGUUAAAGUGGCUGCUAAAUUGUAAGAUCUUGGUUUUAGUUUUUGGUGUUACCUCGAUAAGAGCGAAACAAACACUUUCGUGUUUAAGAAUGGUUUUGUUCCAGUGUCUCAUCUCAACUAUUAAUAUGACAGUUAUUUUCAGGACUUAAACAUGCACCAAGCUGCAGAGGUGAUGUUGGCUGACCAGAAUAAUUCAUGAUGCAUUAGCAAUGCCUUUUACCUGUAGAUGUAGUGUAUUUUUUCCACGUGCAAAAUGGUAGGCAAACUGAUGCCAGCAUCCUUGGUUCAGUGCUUGAUAGCCCUGCAUUUUGACUAAUAUAUUUCUUGUAAUCUUGCAUUCAUAAAAUAUUUGAAGUAAAAGGCUGUAUUUUCUUUACUUUCUUGGGGGGAAUGACAUGCAGUUUCAUUUAGUUACUGGGCAAAACUUAUGAAGGUGAUGCACUGGGCAAAGUUGGUCUCUUCUAUAAAAGAGAGAAAGAAUCAGUGUGUUUUAAACCUUUAAAGCUUUUGUUCCUGUAGCAUCUUUGGAAGGAAAUUCAGAAAGCAAAUUAAUACAAAACUUUAAAUACUUGGUCCCUUUAUACCACUUCUUGGAUUUUUUUUUUUUUUUCUUACAACUUAAAUGCUUUUUAGCAAAUACCAUGAAUGUAAAUAAGUUUGUUUUAGGUAUGGAGACAAUGGGUUGGGGAAAUGAAUUUAUUUUAAAUAGCAAAUCAUGAAAUGGAGUUGAGUAUGCAAAUAGCAGAAGCUAUUAAGAAAAUGAGGGAAAUGUCUUAGAUCUCCAUCAGGAAUCUCAGUUAUUCCACUCACUUGAACAUAGUUCAAAGGAAGUCCACCACAGAAUGCCUGCUGCCUUUGUGACUGAAGAAUUGCGUUUAAUGAACUCAAACAGAAUAUGUAAUGAUCAGUGUCAUUAUUUACCAUUAUUACAUGGGAGAAAAUAACUACUUGUUUACAUUGCAGAUUGAUUAUUUGGAUUAUGAAUUGACUUUUAACUGGUACAAAAAUGAGGCACUUCUAAAUAUAAUGAGAAAUUAUUCCUUACAUAAGCUCUUGGUAUACUCGGUUGUGGGCAGGGUUUUAAUAACACUCUUUCGAAAAAGGAAGAUAGAAAAUUGAAGUUUAGCUCCUGAGCCAUCAAAAUAGAAGUAAUCUGAAAUUUGACUUACGCUUAUUUCAAAUGAAUAAUUAUUCAUAAAAGCCCAUGAGCAAAACUUGGAAAAACAUUAAGGGUAAAAACCUCACAGUAUUUUCUCUUCCCCUUCCUGCCUACCUGAUAAAAAACAUUAAUACUAUUGUGCUUAUCUGUGAAUAACAAAGAUGACAAACAGUUUACUGAACAGUGUCAUCCUGUCUUGAAAAUAAAUCUAUUGUUAGUGAACCUUUGGGAGUUAGAAACCCUUCCCUCAUUUUAUUUAAAUAAAGGAAGGGUUAUCAUUCCCAAAACCUUAGCAGAUAAUUUGAUUAGUUAGCUGAAACUGAUAUUGGGAUCAACUUAAGGGCACACAUAUUUAUAGCAAAAUGUAAUUGGCAGAGAAAAUAACUGUAGUAUUAGGAAUAGCACAAGUUAUCCAAAGCAUUGCUGUUAACAUACAUCUGUCCAUCUACAAAAAUGGACACACUCGGUGAUCAGCAGCUUACUUAACAUAUGCUGAAGCAUGAAGUAGAACAGCAUAAAUACUAAUGCUCAACUUCAGAUGCAUGGUUGGUAAUUACAUACACAAAAUCAUUUCCCAGGACAGUUUUUACAGUUUGCCUUGUCAUAAAACAGAUACGCUCAAGGUAAAUCAGUACUGUAUAUGAAAAGUCACUUUAUGGCAAAGCUGGAAUAUGAAAGUGAAUGCAGUGCUAACUUAAUGGUACAUAAUACAGAAGUCUGUUCUAACAGUAGCUUAUGACUUUUCAGCGUUUAUGUUAAAAAGGGUCUCAGAUGGCAAAAUAAGUACUGUGCUACCGUGCACUGUUGAACUCGGCUCCAUUCAAUAGUUAGGUUAUAUUGCUCUUGUAAUUUUCAAAGGGAAUUUGGAGUUUGACCUUUUGCCUUCAAACUGCCCCUUUCUUAAUUCCACCAAAAAUUUAAAAAGUAUUUGCCCAGAUUUCUCAGUGAAGUGUUCUGUGUGGCAAAAUCUGUGUAUCAUUAAAAAAAAACAACCUGUAAGGGUAGAAUAUAGUGGUUUGGGCUAAUAAGAGUUUAACAGCUUAACUUUCAGUGACCUUUAUUAUUUUCAUAAGACUCUUGUUUUAAAGUUGUUUACAAAUGUACCUUUAUUUUUCUCUUAAACUAUCUGGAAUAUUCAGGAAUUUUUUCAUGUACUCUUUUGUCCAGUUAAAGCUAUUCCUCUAGUAACGGAGGUGAAACAUCUAGUUUUGUCUGGGCACUGCCUUCUCAGAAAAGGUAACAGGCUCUGCUUUUUGUUACAGUAUGUGUUCUGUAAGAUGUUGUGUAAUUGAAAAUAUGCUUCUGUACACUGUGCAGUUCUGCCAAAAAUGGCUUUUUUUAGGCUUUUGGGGUUUUUUUCUGAUGAGAAGUUGAAGAUUGUAAUUCAAAACUUGUAUAUAAAAUGGUGAAUGAUUUCAUAUGA